AUGCCGCCUCUACAGAAAAACCCAAGCCUUAGACCCUUCAAGCAGAGGAAGAGCCUAGCAACCAGACAAGAGGAAGUUGCUGGAAUCCGGGCAAAGUUCCCAAACAAGAUCCCGGUGAUAGUGGAGCGCUACCCCAGAGAGAAGCUCCUGCCCCUGCUGGACAAAACCAAGUUCCUGGUUCCUCAGGAGCUGACCAUGACCCAGUUUCUCAGCAUCAUACGGAGCCGCAUGGUCCUGAGGGCCACCGAAGCCUUUUACCUCCUGGUGGACAACAAGAGCUUGGUCAGCAUGAGCAUGACCAUGGCAGAGAUCUAUCGGGACUACAAGGACAAGGACGGCUUUGUCUACAUGACCUAUGCCUCCCAGGAGAUGUUUGGCUGCUUGGAGUCAGCAGCCCCCAGCAGUGGGAGCAGCCAUGGGAACAGACCUGAAAUCCCAUUCAGCCCAUGUCAGGAGAAACUUGUCCUCUGA